AUGGCGCAGGUCUCCACGGGCUCGGUUGCCGCAGAGGCCGAAGACGACUAUACCCUCGACAAUGACAGCAAAAGCGAAUCUGCUUUGGCAGAGUUUGGCGACGAUUCCUCCUGGGACUCCGAUGUACAGAACUAUGACUGGGACUCUGACUGGUCUGACGAGGACACCACUCCUGCCAGACCUGCGAAGAGGAGAGCCGUCAAUCUUGAUGAGAACGCCGAUUUCAUUGACUUGACUGACGAGCCAUUCCUUCCAGCACCAGGUACUAUGCCAACUCCAACAGCAGCUGCGCCUGCCACACUCAUGGCGGCUGUUCCCUGUCAAGACUCCCAUAAUACAGCCACAUUGUCGGCCCAGAUUAUGGAGCUCUUUCCAGGUAUCUGCCCCGAAUAUCUGAAAGAACUUCUGUCUCGUCAUGCGGGCAACUUGUCUCACGCCGAAGCGAAUGUGUCCUCUGAAAGUUUGCUGGCGAUCCAAAACACCAACAAGGAGCUGGUGAUCGAGGAAAUCCUGGCCAGCCCGUCAUAUCCCAAGCGCAAACAGCUGAAGAGAAAGAGAGAAGAGACAAAAGACGAUGACAAACAUAAGAAAUGGACAUCUAAAACACACGACGGGGAGUAUUGGUAUCAAGAAGCCGCGACAUAUUUACUCGGAGACAUGUUCCCCUUUGUACCGGAUUCUUACAUUCGCCAGAUGCUUAGGGAGAAGAAAAAUCUGUUUUCUGCUUGCGAAGCUCUGUCAGCUGCAGAAAAUGCGCCUGCACCCACUCGGCCGCCAUACGAGAAAUUGAAACGGGCAAGAGCCCGCAGACACAAGGAUAUACGCUUGGACAUAUACAAUCAUCCGGCCUAUGGAGAGUUGCAGAUGGAACUGAAAGAUGCCAAGCUAAAGCUUGCCAAAGAUGCCGAGGUCCUUCACGAUCAGAAAAGGCAAGAAGAGGCCGAGAGAAGAAAUCAAGAGCAGCACGCCCGAGCGGGGACGCUGGUAGAGUGCCAAUGCUGCUAUUCUGAUGUUCCUCCAAACAGAGCCAUGACAUGCGAAGGAGAGAAUGUUCAUUUUUUCUGCUUCUCCUGCAUCCGCAAGUCUGCAGAGACUCAGAUUGGCCUCAUGAAGUACCAGCUUCAAUGCUUUGACACUAGCGGUUGUCAGGCUAGCUUUCCUCGCUCCGACCUAAAGGAGGUGCUGGGAUCUUCGAUGAUGGCAAAAUUGGAUGCUCUCCAACAGCAAGACGAGAUCUCUCGGGCCAGGAUCGACGGUCUGGAAAGCUGCCCAUUCUGCGAAUUCAAGGCCAUCUGCCCACCAGUUGAAGAAGAUCGGGAGUUUCGUUGCUGCAACCCCUGCUGCGAGGUUGUCAGCUGCCGGUUAUGCAAGGAUGUCACCCACGUACCCAAAACUUGUGAAGAAGCGAAAAGAGAUAGGGGUAUCUCUGAGCGCCACCUAGUCGAAGAAGCCAUGAGUGACGCCCUGAUUCGCCAUUGCCCUCGAUGCAAAGUCAAAAUCGUCAAGGAGUUUGGCUGCAACAAAAUGACGUGCUCGAAUUGCGGGUGCUAUAUGUGUUAUGUGUGCAAGAAAGACAUCACUCACCAACAAUACGCUCAUUUCGGCUACGGUCCUAACGCUUGUACCGUCGAUGACGAUCCCACGCGUGACCAGAAAGCGGUCGAACAGGCACAGAGGAAGACGAUCGAGAAGAUUCGGGCAGAGAAUCCCGGUCUCACCCAUGAGGAACUUCAAGUGAAACUUCCGGAGGCGAAUAACACAAAUCAGAGAAGGGAUCGGGCGAGGCCUUACCGGGUCUAUCAUCGAGAUCCGCCCUUCAAUGCCCUUCUGCAAGCUCAGCGCCAAGCUCGGCUCGCAGCAAAUCCUCAGCGUCCCUUGGAGCAACCGAAUCCCUUCGCGCAGGUCUAUAACGAAUUUCAGGGAUUCUUGGAUGCUAUACAAUAUCCUCCACUUGGACAUUACGACGUGCCGAAUGCGAUUAACAACACCCCUCUGGCCGGCCAACCCCAUCAUCUUGGCGCUCCCGGUGAGCAUCGUGCUCAUGCCGGAGCAGGUUUGGCAGCCAACAUACCCGGUGCUGGACAACCGGCGGGAACUGGCCUACGCAAUGAUCCUUUCCUCGUUGACGAUCCCAUGCGACCGAAUCAGCCCGCUGGAUACGCUCCCUAUGCUCAAUACUUUCCAGCUCCGAUGCUUGCGCCUGGUCAGCGAGGCAUCAUGCCUCCUGCUCCGCAUCACCUGAACGCGGAUCCGUAUGGCAACCAAUACAUUGGACAGCAGCCGCUACCUGCUUACCAGGACGACUUCUUCCCUUUUUGA